AUGGGUGACACUCUCGGACUGGCUCUCGGGCGUGUGGGACGCUUCUUGUCACAACAUUACUGGAACUUUGAGGCCCUAGCUGGGCUGACCGCUGAUGGCCGUCCGCUAGAGCACGCCUUAUCUUGCUUUUACGAAACCAUGAAUGGUGCUGUAUCUAGGUCUAUCUCCGUGGACUAUAAAGACAACUAUGGCCCUUUACCAUGGGAAGGCAUCUAUAGCUUAGCAGACGGCUCUGCACUAGAGGACGUUUAUGGCAUCACAGGUCCGGAUCAAGUUAUUGAUUCUAGAGCCGAGCUAAGCCUUUAUCAUCGGUAUCUCAAGAAUGGGGAUGAAGAGGAAAGUCGAGCCUUGUAUGCAGACGCUGGGGCCAAGUUCUUUCAUGCGUGGAAGCGUUUUAACAAGCUCUCGUCGCCAACGAUGACACCAGCAGGAAUCCCUGGGAUUUCCGACGUUCGCAUCAAUUUCCAUAAGACAGAAAGGUUUGCAACAGACUUCGCUGCACCAAACUCAACGUCUCCUUUUGCGCUUGAGCUUCCUAGAGCAAAUUUGAGUCAAUCAGAGGUCCCCUCAGAUUACUUCAACGAGGCAUCUACCACGGGGAAUACGCACGCUAUCCUAUCGUCUAUUUAUGAUAUUGCUAUGAAACAGUUGGAAAAGUGUGAUAGGCUGGACUGUUUGGUCCUGUUCUUGGCAUCGGAUACUCACUGGGGAACUGUCCUCACAGAUAUCCUGGAUGAGAUCUUGCCAGAAGUGCCGCGCACAUCAGCUUUACUCUAUGAUAUCAUCGAUUAUAAGUCUCCAAAUGAGCCGUCACCCCUUGUUUGUCCGAAUCCUCUUCUGGCUUCUAAACGCAGAAAAUGCUCUCAGAUGUCACUGUGGCACAACAUAGCUGACCGUCUAAGCUCAUAUGCCCUACUACCUCUUUCAUAUGCAAGCAUCAGCAACUAUUUUCGGAAUGCAUGCGCAUCCGAAGUGGACAUAGAGACACCAGGUGCUGCUGAAAAUGGGCUACGGGGUAAUAGGCAGGCAUGUUUAACUGAUGCUAGUGCUGUUAUGUCCUUGGCCGUUCAUAGUUUUGUGCGUCAGGCUCGGACACACACGUAUCGGCUCAGUAAUGUGGUGGACGGACUUGUCCCAGUUUCUUAUGGUAAUAUCUUGGCAACCGGUUUGAAUAUUUCUCUCACUGGGGGCUUCUAUGAGCACACACUAGAUCUCAGUGGGUUGGUAGCUGCUUAUCUCCAAAGCCCGAUAGACUCCUCUUUCGCUGCUGCGCGGAGCUUCUGCAUAGACCCUCUGGAUCUCAGCGCAAAACCACGUGGGUGGGUAAACUCCUACGUCAAGCAGUAUGCCGAGCUCUUCCGACAGCCCAUUAUACGAAAUAGUCGCGGUCUUCUAUUGAGAGGGCCUGUUCUUCAACUUCCAGACGCCUUUCCCCACAUUUUCACUCAGCGCUGUGGACUCUCAUACAGAACAGAGCUGCCGAUAGCAGUGGAACUACGCAACACGCCGUACUAUUAUGCAAAUCUGUGUGCCACUGAGAAGUUAAUACAAGGGAGAUCAUCUUUUCGUGACGAUAACUUGGAGCUAGAGGAUACUCUUCAGUACCUCUGUGUCCUGAAGGAUGUUUAUAAACCAUCGAGACACCUUGCUGGAAUACAGAUAAGCGACGACCGCAGCGGUAGUGAGCAAUAG